CUCCGGGCCAGUAGGGGGUGGUACAGCAUCAGGACACCGCCUCCUCUGCCGCUUCAAACUAAAGUCGAAAGAAGUCGUGGACGGAGUCACUGAAAGAAACAGGAAGAAGACGAACUCGGCAAAACAAUGACUUCAACCAGGAGACUAGGCAAGGAACUCGAUGACAUGCGCAAGUCGGGAAUGAAGCAUUUCCGGAACAUUCAGGUUGAUGAGUCGAAUAUUUUGACUUGGCAGGGACUCAUUGUACCCGACUGUCCUCCAUAUGACAAAGGAGCCUUUCGGAUUGAGAUCAUCUUCCCUGCAGAGUAUCCCUUCAAACCCCCUAAGAUCACCUUCAAGACGAAGAUCUACCAUCCCAACAUUGAUGAGAAGGGCCAGGUGUGCCUGCCUAUCAUCAGUGUGGAAAACUGGAAGCCGGCCACGAAAACAUGCCAAGUGAUUCAGUGUCUGAUUGCUCUGGUGAACGCCCCUCAGCCGGAGCACCCGCUGAGGGCGGACCUGGCGGAGGAGUACACUAAGGACCGCGCAAAAUUCAUGAAGAACGCCGAGGAGUUCACAAAGAAACACAGUGAAAAGCGACCUGUGGACUGAUGAUACAAUACUGAUCUGCGCCUGUUAGCCUCCUUUCUGUUUCCUGAUCGAAGAACCCAGCCUGACUCUCUGUUCUUUUUCUUGCGUUUCAGAAAGAUGCCCCAUUCUUGUGUACCUGCAAUGUUUAGCACUCUCCACCCAAUCUUUAAUAGAGGCUUGUGUUUCUGUUUCACUUUGCCAAAAAAAAAGCAGGACUUUUUGGUGAGUAGGCAGCUUCUGGCCUCUAGGUGUCAUCUUUCAGUUGUUUUUGACUUCUUUCUACUGAUUUCCUUCUAAGAAAAAAAAAAACAAGUUGUCUGAGGUGGCAUCCUGAAGGUUAAAUUAAAAAAUAAAAAGUGCUUUUCCUAGUGCUUACUUAAA